AUGGGGCUCACGUUCACCAAGCUGUUCAGCCGGCUGUUCGCUAAGAAGGAGAUGCGGAUCCUCAUGGUGGGGCUCGACGCCGCCGGAAAGACCACCAUCCUCUACAAGCUCAAGCUCGGCGAGAUCGUCACCACCAUCCCCACCAUCGGAUUCAAUGUUGAAACUGUGGAGUACAAGAACAUCAGCUUCACUGUCUGGGAUGUCGGGGGUCAGGACAAGAUCAGGCCGCUGUGGAGGCAUUACUUCCAGAACACACAGGGUCUCAUCUUCGUUGUGGACAGCAAUGAUAGGGACCGUGUUGUCGAAGCAAGGGAUGAGCUUCACCGAAUGCUGAAUGAGGAUGAGCUGCGUGACGCUGUGUUGCUUGUGUUUGCUAACAAGCAAGAUCUUCCAAAUGCUAUGAAUGCCGCUGAGAUUACUGAUAAGCUUGGACUGCAUUCACUUCGCCAGCGUCAUUGGUACAUUCAAAGCACUUGUGCUACAACUGGUGAGGGAUUGUACGAAGGCCUGGACUGGCUGUCCAGCAACAUUGCAAGCAAGUCCUAA